GAGUGGCUACACAAUAGCCAAUCAGAAAAUAGCACUAUUGUAUCUGGGUAAGAUUUAACACAACAACCACUGGAAAAAAAGCACAUCGAGCAUCACUUUGAGCACAGAGUAAGUCUUUUAAUGUGUAAGUUCACAACUCGUUUCACACAAAUGGUGACAACUUUACUGCUGUUAGAGAAUGUUUCCCAGAUAAUUAGCAUCAGUGGUUCAUGAGUGUCUGUAACACAGCCAGUAACUUGCUCAGAACUAGUAGCCUAGGUCUAGGUGUCAAGAGUGUUUUUUGCCUAAUAUUGCACAUUAUCUACUUACUGUAGGAGGGCAUUGCUCCUACAUACCCCCAUGUAUGAAAUAUAAUCGCCUUGCUAGGUCACACCUACGCGCACACACACGUUCCAGAUCACACGAGUUCUCACCACAUAGUGAGUGCGCUUUAGUUAUUUCUCGUAUUGGGAUGGAGUGUUUGGAGUGAACGGCGCGUCAGUGGCACAGAACGCGAUAAGUCAGAUUGAGGUCACGUCACCGCAGUAGAUGCGGAAGUUAGACCUUUGUACCAACUGACGGAAAUUCCAUCACACUUGUGGCCGGUAGGCCUACCGGAGAGAUGUGACUUAGACUCGUCUUGCAUCUGUAGGCGAGACGGGACAGCGUCGGUCAUUCACACAUGAGAAUGGAGUCAAACCGGUCCAGCUACUGUGUGUUCUGCAGUAUUGCCAACGGAACAGAACCGACCACGGAGAUCUUAUCCCAGGAUGAGGACGUGGUGUGUUUCAGGGACAUCUCUCCGGCAGCUCCUCAUCACUACCUGGUGGUCCCCCGGCGGCACAUGGAGGACUGUACUGAGCUCCGUCCAGAGCGCACAGCGCUGGUGGUGAGAAUGGCCAACACGGGACUCUCAGCGCUGCAGGCCAAUAACGUCACAGAUUUUAACGACAUCAGGUUGGGUUUCCACGUCCCUUCUCAGAUCUCCAUGCCCCACCUACACCUGCAUGUUCUUGCUCCCCGCAGUCGCAUGUACGAGGACGCCAUUGAACGCUGCCUCACAGGCUCUUACUGGUUCCUCACGAAUGAUGAGCUUGUCUGCUUCCGAGACGUGAAGCCGGGAGCCCCUCAUCACUAUUUAGUGAUCCCGCGAGAGCAUGUGGGCAACUGCAAGUCACUGAGAAAAGAGCACAUCCAGCUGGUGCUGCGGAUGGAGGAGAUGGCCAAGGCAGUCCUGCAGAUGAAAGGCAUAAGUGAUCUCCAAGACAUCAGACUGGGCUUCCACAUGCCUCCGUUCUCCUCGGUUCCUCAUCUCCACCUCCACGUUCUCGCUCCCGCCACUCAGCUGAGUUCCAGGUCCCUCCGGUUCUACGGACCGCAGUCCUUCUGGUUCCUAACAGUGGAGAACCUUCUGAAACAGCUGGAAUCUCAGAACCGGGUCAAAUGACACUAGAACCCACCGCUAAGGAACCGAGCAGAUCCCACAUUAGUCCCUCCUUUCCCAAACCCCACCGCUAAGGAACCGAGCAGAUCCCACAUUAGUCCCUCCUUUGCCAAACCCCACCACUAAGGAACUGCGCGGAUCCCACACUAGAACUUCAGUGGGAACUCUCCUGAGCAGAGACUCGUACGGACGCCCUGGAGAGAUGCCCACUCAGACAGAACAACACUACAAACUGCUAACACACACACACACACACACACUGAGUGACUCAGACAUUUUCCCUCAGACAGAAACGACCUGAAAAGCCCUUAAGGAGUGACAUGAAAGGGAGAUGUAUAAAAUGAUGAAAUAUAUUGACAAUAUAUUAUGUGCCUCUAAACUGAUAAUAAUAUUAAUAAUAUAUUAUGUGCCUGUUCAUGUUAACAUGCCUCUGUGCCUAGAAGCUUUUCAUUCACUGACAAUAAAACACAUGGAGUCUG